AUCAUAGGUGACAGCCUACUGUCUCCGCCUUAGUUUGGGGCGGUAACCUCUCAGAAGGAAGAUGGUGGGGUUGUGAGCUCGGCGGUUGCUCUGUGUGCGCUGCUGUGUUGGUGUCUAUACAUCCGGGUCUCUUUACGUAGCUUGUCCCCUGAUCUCUGGGUGUGUUCCAGGUAGAGCAGCGCUAGUGAAACCUUCACUUAUUCCACCCGGUGCCUUGCCGUGUCCCUGCUCAUGUCGGAUAAUCAGAGCUGGAAUUCCUCGGGCUCGGAGGAAGACCUGGAGCCUGAGUCCGGGCCGCCGGUAGAACGGUGUGGAGUCCUGUCUAAGUGGACCAACUAUAUUCAUGGCUGGCAGGAUCGAUGGGUAGACCUUAAAAACAACACGUUAAGCUACUACAAAUCAGAGGACGAGACAGAGUAUGGCUGCAGGGGAUCCAUUUGCCUUAGCAAAGCUGUUAUCACGCCUCAUGAAUUUGACGAGUGCCGUUUUGACAUCAGUGUUAAUGACAGUGUGUGGUAUAUCCGCGCGCAAGACCCAGAUCAUCGGCAAAGAUGGAUAGAUUCUAUUGAACAACACAAGUCUGAAUCUGGCUAUGGAUCUGAAUCCAGUUUACGGCGGCAUGGCUCAAUGGUGUCCCUUGUGUCUGGUGCAAGUAGCUACUCUGCCACAUCCACGUCAUCAUUUAAGAAAGGACACAGUCUGCGAGAGAAACUUGCAGAAAUGGAGACUUUCCGAGACAUCCUAUGCAGACAGGUUGACACGCUGCAGAAAUAUUUCGAUGCGUGUGCAGGUGCAGUCUCCAAAGAUGAGCUUGAAAGGGAUAAAGUUGAAGACGACGAAGAUGAUUUUCUGCAUAACCAUCCCAAUGAAGAUUACAUUCAUAGUAAUAAUGGGAAUAAAGAAAAGCUAUUCCAGCAUGUGACUCCAAAGUGCAUUGAUGGCAUCGACUUUAAAGGAGAAGCCAUUACAUUUAAAGCUACCACUGCAGGGAUAUUGGCUACCCUGUCACAUUGCAUUGAACUCAUGGUGAAGCGAGAGGACAGCUGGCAGAAACGGCUUGAUAAGGAAAUUGAGAAGAGGAGGCGAGUAGAGGAAGCCUAUAAGAAUGCAAUGACUGAGCUCAAAAAGAAAUCCCAUUUCGGUGGACCAGAUUAUGAGGAAGGGCCCAACAGCCUGAUAAAUGAAGAAGAAUUCUUUGAUGCUGUUGAAGCUGCUUUGGACAGACAAGAUAAAAUUGAACUGAGUGAAAAGGGCAGAUCGCACUGGCCACCCUCUCCUCCUUCAAGUGAAGCACACACAGCCGCUGGCAGUCACAGACUUGUCCAAGCACCCCCUAGUUGUCCUCCUCCCACUGACCUAGUCAGUUCCUCUGAUGAACACAGAUUCAGGAUCCAGGUUGAAGACAUGGUACAGAAUCACAUGACCUAUUCUCUGCAAGAUGUCGGAGGUGAUGCCAACUGGCAACUGGUUGUUGAAGAGGGGGAAAUGAAGGUUUAUAGGAGAGAAGUGGAAGAAAACGGAAUUGUCUUGGAUCCCCUAAAGGCCACACAUUCUGUGAAAGGGGUGACCGGCCAUGAGGUCUGCCAGUACUUCUGGAAUGUUGAUGUGCGCAAUGACUGGGAAACAACCAUUGAAAAUUUCCACGUGGUUGAAAAGUUGUCUCCAAAUGCAAUCAUCGUAUACCAAACACACAAGAGAGUUUGGCCAGCUUCCCAGCGGGAUGUUUUGUAUUUAUCUGCUAUUCGAGUGGUACCAGCUGCCAGCGAGAAUGAAAUGGAUACUUGGAUUGUCUGCAACUUCUCUGUUGACCACGACAAAGCUCCUCUAAACCGUUGUGUUCGUGCCAAAAUAAAUAUCGCAAUGAUCUGUCAGACUCUGGUUAGCCCUCCAGAAGGAAAUAAAGAAAUAAGCAGAGACAACAUUCAGUGCAAGAUAACAUAUGUUGCUAAUGUUAAUCCGGGAGGAUGGGCUCCUGCCUCUGUACUUAGGGCGGUAGCGAAGCGGGAAUAUCCUAAAUUUCUAAAACGAUUUACGUCCUAUGUGCAAGAGAAAACCGCUGACAAGCCUAUACUUUUCUAGCUGCUGACUGUGAAAUGAAGGCCAUAUCAACAUUCCACACUGGAUAAGAGCAUAUCAGAUGACAUGGAAUCUGCAGCCUUUACAACUAUCUACCAUGAAAGCCCUUCAGCGGGAGUUUCAAAACCAUCUGCUACUCUGACAUUUAGUUUUAUGGGUGGAGACUUAAAACAAGAGUAAACAUCAAACACUAGCUAUGGGGUUUUUUAUUUUUAUUAUUUGGUUUUUCUAUUUUAAACCCCUUGUCGCCAAAUCUGUAUGUAAUUCUAACGUAAUGUACGGCUACAAGUACCUCUGUUUCCCUCUGCUUGCUUUUAUGGCUCACGGGAGAACUGGCCUCACAAAUACACAUGGGGUGAGGCUUUAACCUGUUUCAGUAAGUAAAACCUGCCGACAUGCAGGCGUGUAAUAAGAAUGAUUAAUAAAGCCAUAAUCUUUUCAGUUUUGCGCAUUUAAAGAGCAGGAUUCACCCCAAAGCACACACGCCAUGCUCUUUCUGCACAAAACUUGUCAGCCAUUUCAUGUUGUUAAAAAAAACAUAAACUUGUUUAGCAGAAAGUUCCUCGGUUUUCUUCUUUCUGUAAAAAAAAAAAAAAAGGAAAAAUGUUUUUGACUAGCGUCUCACUAGUUCUUUCCGUGGUCCAGUAAGACAUAAUAUCUGAGGGCUGUUCUAAAUCUUUGGCUCUGCCUUUCCCGGUGUCUCUCCUAUGAAGACUUGUCGUCUGAUGGAGGAGAUCCGAACACACACAAAAAAAAAAUAAAAAAAAUUAAUAAAGCUUUAUUUUUUCCAGAAA